UGCUACAUACAUAUAAAUACGUAUUGAUUUCUACUAAUCAUGUAGCAGACGAUAUGACACACCGACCAAGUCGGCUGUCAUGCUCGUUUAAGUGUGGGUAUAUAAUUCGCUUCCAAUUGAUUUCUCAGUUCAGUUUACCAAAGUAAUUGCAAUUGCCGGUGUGUUACCGGUAUUACUUGUAAUAUAAUUCAUUAUGGAUCAGAGUAAGAAUAUACCUUUUUCUCGGAGCGGUGAUAAGGAAGAGGAUAAGAUACUGUUGGAACCAUUUACCUAUAUUCUCCAAGUUCCUGGAAAACAAAUUAGAGCCAAGUUGGCACAUGCCUUUAAUUAUUGGUUAAAAAUAUCACAAGAUAAACUGCGUGCAGUUGGAGACAUAGUACAAAUACUUCAUACUUCUAGUUUAUUAAUUGAUGAUAUUCAAGAUAAUUCAGUUUUAAGAAGGGGUAUCCCAGUAGCUCAUAAUAUUUAUGGGACAGCCAGUACAAUAAAUGCUGCAAAUUAUGUAAUAUUUAUUGCAUUAGAAAGAGUACUUGCUUUAAAUCAUCCAGAGGCUACUCAAGUAUAUGUAGAACAAUUAUUGGAACUCCAUAGGGGACAAGGUAUGGAAAUUUAUUGGAGAGAUAAUUAUAUAUGCCCAUCUGAAUCUGCAUAUAAGCAGAUGACAAUUCGAAAGACAGGUGGACUUUUUAAUUUAGCUGUGCGAUUAAUGCAAUUAUUUUCUGAUUGCAAAGAAGACUAUACUGCUUUAGCAGGAAUUUUAGGACUCUAUUUUCAAAUUCGAGAUGAUUAUUGUAAUUUAUAUCUUCAAGAGUAUGCAGAAAAUAAAAGUUACUGUGAAGAUCUGUCUGAAGGAAAAUUUAGUUUUCCUAUUAUCCAUGCUGUACAAAGUCAUUUAGAAGAUAGACAAAUAAUGAAUAUACUAAGACAACGGACUAAGGAUAUUGAAGUAAAACGGUACUGCGUAAAUUUACUAGAAAAAUUUGGAUCUUUUGCUUAUACAAGAAAUGUACUUGAAGAACUAGAUAAAAAAGCUAGGGAUGAAGUCCAACGUUUAGGUGGAAAUCCUUUACUAGUUGAAGUUUUAGAUGAACUAAUGAACUGGAAACAUCAAGAUAGUCAACAACAGAUUAGAAAAACUGCAGUUUAAACUCCACUGCUCUUUUUUAAGUCUCAGAAACAUGCCAAAAGUGACCAGCAUAUCAAAACAUGUAAACUAUGCAUAGUAUAAAAACAUAAAUAAGUCAAAAUAAGUUACAAAGUUUUUAAUCAUUUUGCAGUUUACGGCUUCAUAAAAUAUAAACAAGAAAUCCUGGUGUAAUGGAACUCUUUAAGCAAGAGCUUAAACUUAAAGUAAUUGGGUUUACAUUUUAUCAUGCAAGUCAUAAUAAUAAUACAUAUAGGUUUAGUUAAACUUAUUGCAUUUAUUUCAUUCUUUAUAAAUAGUAAUAAUUAUUUUGAUAUAGUUAGAAGCUAUGAACUGCAAAAUGAGUAAGCAUUCCUCGUUCUCCCUUAGUAGAAGAAUUUUGCAUAUUUCGACCUGCUGCUUAUUUUUGGAAUACCUUAUCUGUAUAUAUUUAAUUUUUACUGUUCCACUUUGUUGCAGUACAACAUAUAUAACGGAACAGAUUCUUAGAAGAAGUCAUUGUACAUCAUAGAAAUUAUUUAAAAAUUUAUAAAAGGAAAGUGAACGAGUCAACAUGUGUUUCUAAACAAAAUUUUACUAUUACCCUAACAAAAAUUUUGUUGAAGUUCACAUGUUUGUUACCAUUAAUAAAGAAUAUGUCAUAUUGAUGCAUCAACAAUAAUAUAGUAGUUGUUGAAUACAAAUAGUGAUGAGAAACAGUAUACUAAAAAGUUACUAUCAAAACUAUUACAAAUCUUCAUAGAUCUCUCAAUAUUGCAUUUUCAAUAUGCAAAUCUUGACUAUAUAGUCUUGCAUUAUUUAAAUUAAUUCUUAAACUGUAAAUCACUGAGACAGUGACAGAAACAGUACAGCAAAGCUGACCCAAUGUACAAGUUAGACUAUUCCAUUAGAUAUUAUUUUUUCAAUACAUAAAUGUUCCUUUGAGAACCUAGGUACACAGUAAUCUAAACAUUGUUAUAUAUUGAAUAAAUGUUUUACAAAACUGA